GGCCAUUUUCUCUCCCUCUCGAAGUUUUCACAGAAUCAGUGAGGAUUCAGUAAUACACCUGUCGUUAAGCCGAAUUAAUAGAUUAAUACGUUUUUUACACCUGUCUAUGGAAGCUCCUGCUUAACAUCAUGUGUUAACGAUUCUUUUGGAUAAUAGGCCUACCAAUAGGACAUAAAAAUGAAAAAGGGAACGUUUUUUUCGGCUCGAAAGAACCAAUCUCUUUUCGACAACAAUAUUAAAAUCAAGGAGAUGGGUAAGUGUUUACUGUCAUAUAUCAAGCAAUUAAAUAAUAAUAGCAAUUGAAUUAUUAUUUUAUCAUGUGAUCAACAUUCUUUCUCUGACGACUGUCCCGAUCUUUGCAAUUGUUAUAGUGACAGAUAAGUGGGUGAAUAAAUGUGUCCUAAAUGUACACAUUCUUGAAUAGGAAUGAAGCUGGUUGGGUAUUAGGGGUGGGGGGCGGGGGGCGGACAAACAGUUGUAAAUUCCACCUAUUCAUACCUGAGACAGUUAAACGUUCAUGACGGUGGAGGUAGAAUGCAAGGUGAAAAGAAAAUUACCCAAUUCCACAUGACACAAAAAUGUGUCAAUUUCCACAUGACACAAAAAUGUGUCUGUUUUAACUAAGUCUGUUGUAAUUGCCGCAGCACUGAAUAAAAUACACGUUUUUUCCUUUCGAUUAUUUUAAAACAUGUCUGUAUCAAAAAUGAUUACAACAUUAUACAUAUUAUUACCAGUAGGUAUGUUACUGAGCUGUUAUAACAGACUGCUCCCUGAUCAAAUACCGUAUCAUUUUGAGCCAGAGUCGUUAUAGUCAAAGGAAAACGCUACUGCCUGUGACCUAAAGGUUUCUUUAUCCAGGACUUGGGGAGUGGGGACUAAUUAAAAAAUAAAUAUGAAUAAACCCCAUAGAGUUCUGAAAACUUUGCUGAACUCUUCAUAGAAAGUUCUCAGAACUAAAAACGGGACAGAUUUACAUAUUUUGCAUUUCCCUGAUUUCUGGGUAUUCUAUUUAAUGAGGCCUCUAACAAUGGAGAGGUGGUUGUGUGGGAAGUGCAAACAUGCCACUGGAUGGGAUAUUUGUAUUUUUAAAUUAUGCAGGUGUUCAAUAGGAAAAUUCAUAUUAUGCCCCAUUGGGAAAUGUAUCUGUAGAUGCCAAAACACUUUAUACACUGGCUGUUGUUUCCAUACUCUGGUAGUUGUUUUGAAGGGCUCUAUAAUGUUUUUGUGAGAGUGUGAUUUGAAGGAGUCAGGCGCAGGAGGUUACAUCACAGAAUACAGAGUUUAUUCCGUAGUACACAGUUACGCUGGAUAGCGUCAACCGUCCAGUGCGCUAAACAGGCGCACUGGAACAAAUACAGGCACACGGGGAAAAUAUACACCGGCAAUACAAAGUACAGGUCGCUCCACCGAGCUACACUCAUCUCACAUGAAACAAUCACCCACAUGGACAAGGGGGCAGAGGGAACACUUAUACAUGUACUAAUGAGGGGAAUAUGAACCAGUUGUGUGUAAUUGACAAGACAAGACAAAUGGAAUAAUGAGAUACAGAGCGGCAGUGGCUAGAAGGCCGGUGACGACGAACACCGAAACCUGCCUGAACAAGGAGGGGAGGCAGCUUCGGAGGAAGUCGUGACAGUUUUGUUCAUAGUCAUAUAAGAUCAGGUAAUGUAAUGCAUGUUAGUCUGAGUCCUCUUUGAAAUAAAAUGAUUGAGACCAGUGUCUCACUGACUACAGUCUCUUUAUGCCAUUUCUCUCAUCAGUUAGUUAUUUGACAGUGACAUGGCUGACUGAGCUGUACAGAAGCACAAUAGUUACUCCACACAAACCCAUUUACCUAUAAUGUGUUGUGUGUAGUUACAUAUAUGUUUUUUCCUUUAUCUAGUAAUGUCAAAGCCUGUUAACUUACAAACAUUAUAGACCAUCUCUGGCAAAGUCACAUUUCACUCGAAAAUCAAUCAGGUGGUGAGUGGCCUAAUGUCCAAAUGAGUGUGUCACACAUCAUCUUUUAUAUAGAUCCAUUCUAUAUGCCUCAAUCCCACCUCUGCCCAAUAACCAUAUCUUGAAUAACCUGAGGUCAGUGUUGAUUAACUGUAAACACUCAUGACCGGAAGACCAAUGGACUGUUGACCCCUGGGAUUGUUAUGAAUGUUGCACCACACUUCUAUGACAUACCUGACAUUCCAUUGGUAAAUAGGGGUUCAUGGAUGAUGUGAGAAGCAUUAUAUUCUGUACUCUAUGGAACUACAUGACAUUUAGGCUUCAGUGUUUGAGCAAUAAGGUGACAACCUCUUCUGUUGAUUAGAAUCAAUCAUUCAACUGCUUUGAAUAGUUGUAAGCUUUACCAAAAUACUAUUUUGCUGUCAACAAGAGAAAUCCAAUUGACAGAGUAAUCAGCAUAGCAUUACAUAAUAGUUUGUCAGCGAUUCUGAGAACUGCAGACAAAAUGCCUUAACUUGUUAUUAUGUACAUGCCUAAUUACUCAACUUUGCAGUCACUAGACUGCAUCUCCUUUCAGAGCUGUGCUGAUCGGCUGAAUGGUAGACUUGUUGGUUUUUAUCUAUACUGUAGACUAAAGUGGUGAGUUGUGUGCUUUUUUUUUCUCAGACAAUGUUGAGCUGAUGUUGGAUUCAUCAGCCAUUCCUGAAUCAGGCACUGCCAAAGUGAGGUCCAGACCCACAGUCAAGCACCACACGGUAAGUUCCAGUAACUCUGCAUGAUGUGUGGAAAUAUCUAUCAAAUCUAUAUUUCAACACUCAAGACAGUGUUGCAUCUUUUGUUGAGACUGAUCAAGCUUUGUCAAGCUUCUAGUUAUUGUUCUCUAACACUUCAAGAUGAUCAUCACAUGGAAUUUGUUUCCGGGCUUGUCUUCUUGCAAAUUCUUGCGAAUGCAGUAGGCCCCAUAUUACUUCUCUACAUUUGCAUAACUGUCUGCUAAAUUGUGAAUUAUUUCUCAACAAGGCAUUUGUAGUGCCUGAAAUAGAAUCUGCAUUGCCUCAUGAAGGGUGUUCCUGUAAUCACUAAUCUCUGUGUGACCACUGCAGAGUCAGACCCAUUAAUCACUUACACCCUGUCACAAUGAAAGCAUACUUUUCUAACUGGCAGGUUUCACUUGCACAGGCUAUUCACAUGUAUAAGAGAGGGAGUAAACCAACUGUAUUUGCAGGUAGGCCAUCCAUGUGACGAGGAUGCAUGUCAAUUUGUUUGGGUGUUGACCCAGUCCUCUCAAGUAAUUUCUGUAGAGAGUUUGUCCUCAGAAAUUCAAACCCUAUUUACUUAGACAUUCUCAUGGGGACACAGUUACUAUAAGAAUGUCACCUUUGGUUUACACAAUAUUGGGUAUUUUACAGUCUGGGACCUGGCAUAUGGCACCUAGCUCAUUUGCCAUCUAUUCAAGAUGGUGUCCCUGUAGUUGAUCCAGAAAAGACCAGCCGUAUCUGAAUUUUUUACGAGUUGUAUUAGGUUGUUAUUUUGUUGUAGGUAUGAAAGCCUACCUCAGAAAGGGGAAUGUCCUAUGUGACUGCUCCUCUGGCAUGUGUUAGAUGUGCCACACCCAGCAGCACAGUUGUUUAACUGCUCUGACUGACUGCUUUGACUUUCACCAGUGAGUCAUGGAAAGUAAGAAGAAAUUAAGCCGGAUCAGAAACCGCAUUUAAUGGCGCACCCUUCGCUUCUUAUAAAAUGUUUCUGCCGUUGCAAGGAGCUGCCUGUCCCUAUGAAGUCUGCAUUAAUUACAUAUUUAAGGCAUUAAAUAAGGCAGGCAUUUGGCUCACAUUAGCUGUUUUGAAGAUACAGUGUAACGGAGGGUUCUUGAGAAAGGACCACACCUGAACCUUUUCCACGAAUUACGUAAUAUUCCCACUGCUGAAUGCAAGUUAUUUAUGUGUCCAAUGCAUUUUGGGUAUUGCGUGUACCAUGUGAAAGUUAUUUAUAAACAAACCAAGUGAUGGUGGCCUGACCAUCAGACCAAGGGCAGUAACUUCAUUACAGUUUAUAGUUACAGGGGUGAACCUGACUUUGAAUUGUUUUGCUAUAUUGGAGGCCCUCAGGCCCAGUAUUGGGUAAUUACACUGGUCAAGGUGUGGUUAGGUCCUUAGGAGUGACUUCCAGUCCCUACUGUAUGUAGGGUGAUUCUGACCACAGUCUAUCAGCUUUAGAAGGGCAUAUCUCUGUUCUGUCUAUAGGGCUUGUGUUGUGUCAAAACAGUCUGUGUUUAUUUCUAGAGGUGUUUAGGCUGUGAUGAGAACAGUCAGUCACACAAGCAGGCAGCAACAUGACGGCACAACCCUUUUUCUCAGAGGUAGUCAUACCCAAUUAAUGUUUGCUUAUGUGAAGAGAUGGGAGUGUUGCAUGUGCUUUGCCCACACUACGCCCUGUCUGUGGAUGAGGUGGCAGCAAUGUUCUGAAAAGGGCCCAAAACUGGGCCAGUAAGCUGCAGCUGGAAAGGGGUUAGAUACAGUAUACCAAUGGAGGACAUUAUUGUUGAAUCAUUACAGGUGGGGGUGCUCAGUGGCCAUUUUUUAUUUUACCUUUAUUUAACUGGGCAAGUCAGUUAAGAACAAAAUCUUAUUUUCAAUGACGGCCUACCCCGGACGACGCUGGGCCAAUUGUGCCCCGCCCUAUGGGACUCCCAAUCACAGCCGGAUUGUGACACAGCCUGGAAUCAAACCAGGGUCUGUAGUGACGCCUCUAGCACUGAGAUGCAGUGCCUUAGACCGCUGUGCCACUUGGGAGCCCAUUGAGACUAUGUAAGAGAUCCUGUAGCCUCAAUCUGCACAAGGAGGCUUUGCCAUUAUAGAAAAUGACUCCAUUUGCUGGGAAGACCAGACUAUGAUUAGAGUAAAAUGAAUUUUGUAUGAAAAGCCCUUCCGAUUAAAUGUGCCUGGCCUUCCUCUGUCUUUGGCAAUUGACACCACUUGCGUACCCGUUUGUUUCCUGAGUGUUAGAUUUACAUUUAGUUGAGUUGUCAACUAACGUGAAUUCAAUGUGAAAUCAACCAAAGAUUUCACCCUGUCAUUGGACUUAGGUUAAAAGUUGGGUGAAAGAAAGACUAAAUUCCUUUACGUUGAUGACUUUUUGCAAAUCCAAUCAGUUUUCCACGUUGAUUCAACGUCAUCACAUUGAAUUGUUGGGUUGAAAUGACGUGGAAACAACGUUGAUUCAACCAGUUUUUGCCCAGUGGGCUAUCUCUGCUCUCCAAUCCAUUCCUUUCCUUUCACACUGUUCCACUUACAAUCUCAACAGUGGAUCUCUAGCCUGACACCAGGGUGUAACGUCAACAGUCUGAUGUCUUUUGUCCUUAUUUCCCACAGUCCUCCUCUGAUGUUGUACAAGGGUUUAAUGUCCCAACGCCCAAAGUUCCUGUCCUCCCCCCUUUCAACAGACCAAAGAUCAACAGGGCAGGUGAGGGUCUCUGCCCUGUGUAUAGCAGACUUAAGCUGUGUAGCUAAAUAAUUUAAGCUCCUGUGAAUUUAAGCCUAUGUGCUGGUUUUAGACAGAUCCAGUUGAUCACAGUUCAGUACAAAUUCAAAGCAACUCUGUUUUCAUAAAGGGCUGAAAUAUAGAGAAGCAGGUAAAUGUUUGUCUAAGGUCUUGCACUAUAACACUUUAGAAAGCAUCCAAGCAGCCAUUCACAAACAUGUUUGCAGAGCGGGAGGGUACAGAUCAAAUGUAAUUUAAUCAGUUUCACCAUAAAUCAGGCCAACCAGAACUAAAAGUUAAAUAAUUUACUUUGACGAUAAGUUAUAUCAAUAACAAAACACACUGAACAAAAAUAUGAACGUAACAUGUAAAGUGUUGGUCCUAUGUUUCAUGAGCUGAAAUAAAAAAUCCCAUAAAUGUUCCAUACGCACAAAAAGCUUAUUUCUCUCAAAGUUUGUGCACAAAGAGGAGUCUUUCUGUCUGUAAUAAAGCCCUUUUGUUGGGAAAAACUAAUUCUGAUUGGCUGGGCCUGGCAUAUGCCCUUCCAGGCCUUAUCCAUAGAUUAGGGCCUAAUUAAUUAAUUUUAAUUGACCGAUUUCCUUAUAUGAACUGUAACUCAGUAAAAUCUUUGAAAUGGUUGCGUUUAUAUUUUUGUUGAGUAUACUUUCUUGUGUCUCUGAUGGUUGUUCUCUCUUUAUAGUAAAUGGCGAUCGGUUGUCCAAUGGAUCGGCUAUAUCUGUACCUGAUUUGGUGGAGGGGGAGAUAUUUAUUCCACCUCCACCUUCGAUGGCACCCCCACCCCCUCCACCCAUAUUCAUCCCUCCCCCACCAGAUUUCUUGGGUGACCUUGGUGACCUGGACUCCAUUCAGCAUCCCUCUAUGCCCCCUCCAAAACCCCCAUCAAAACCACCAUCAGUUGCCCCCUCUGAAGAGGACAAGGAGGUUUUCACCUCCAUGAAACCUCCACCUAUGCCCCCCCCGAAACCCCUGUCAACUUCCUCCAGUGCUUCUAGUUCCUCUUUGUCCAUUUCUACACCACCACCAACCACUUUCCCUGAUAUCACAGAGCCCCCAAAGUUUGCCCCUCCACAGCCCCCUACAGACAUGAGGCAAGCUGCUCUGAAAGCCCUGAAGACACCGCCUACAAAGCCAAUGAGGCUGUCCUCCAUCCCCAUCAUGUAUGAACCCCCCCAGGUUCCAGCCCCAGAUCCCCCUAUACAGACCCCUACACCCUCCAGCUUCAACCCCCAGAACACAGCUAAGCUCUACAGUGUUCCUAAGACCGGAAUUCUAGGUAGGCAGGUGGAAGGUGAAAAUAGGCACAAGCAGAUCCUACUCCUGCAUGACCCUGGGUCUACUGACUCCGUCCCUGUCCAGGUCAAUGGGACAGCCCCCUCUGUGGCACCGCCAGCUAAGCCAGCCCGGAGAAACAGCUUGGGUAUGCAGCUGGAGCAAGACCUGCAGGAGUUAAAGGAUAACUUGCAAGUCACCCUUCAAGGCCAACCCACCCCACCUGAGACUUGGGAGGAAGUGAAAGUGGAGCCUUUGCCUUUAUCAGCACAGCAGGCUAUCAACAAACCUGCCGAAACACCAGCUAAAGCCUCACCCAAGCUUCAGGAGGCUGCAAUCCCCCCUAAAAUGUCACCCAAGCUUCAGAAGGUGGUCACUGCCCCUGUAACCACAGAGGCUAGCCAGGUCAAACACGAAGCGUCUCCAGGCCGGAGUCACAAGUUCAGUCCUAUGCUGGACCGUAAACUACGCAACCUAAAGGCCAGUGCGGUCACUGGGACGAGGGAGGGUCCUGCCACUUCCCCCCUGGCUCUUCUCAUGGCAGCUAAAGAGCGAGAGAAGCACAGGUCUACUUUGUCCCGCGAAAACAGCACAAAGAGUAAUGAGCCAUCCGUCUGCAUCCAGCACAGCGAAUCCAAUCCCAAUUCGUUCACCGUCAUCCCCAGCUCCACAUUCACUUCUGUGAACUCACAACAUAAUCCACAGUCUGUGGUCCCAGUGAAGCCCCCAGUGGUGAUCCAGACUCCAGCAAAACCCCAGAUCAUUGAGUCAGUGUUGGAAAAGAGGCCAAUUGCAAAUCCAGUAUUUCAGGGGCUCCUGGCCGUGGAGAAGCAAAGUGGAGAGCAGAGGAUUCCUUCACCCACUAGCCUUGUCAGGGAUGUAGAGAACAGGGAGGACCUAUGCAUGCCAUUACUCCCUCCCCCUCCCGAAUUCAAUGACCAUGAUGAUGUCAUGGAGUCUCCCCCCAGCUCACCUCCACCUGACCCUCCCCUGAAGAAGGUCCUUGCCCCCACUCCCACCCCUGUCCUUCCAGUCCUGCCCUCCAAUGCUGGCCCUAUCGUUCCUGUCAAAACUCCCUCCCCUGCGCCCCCCCCUCCUCCUCCUCCAAAACCCAAACCUCCAAGCCCUCCCAAACUCCUGCCUCCUGUCAUGGAGGUCAAACCCAAGCUACCUGUUCAGACCACACCCAAGUCACCUCCCACCCAGGCACCCUCCUCCCUCUCAGCCAGCCAGGCCACACUCCUGAGCAUCCUGCAGAAGAAGAUGCUAGAGAUGGACCACAAAAUGGACAACAAAAUGAUGGCCAUGAAGACAGACUCUGAUGACUGGGGUUCUUCCUUGUCUGAGGAGACCAAGGUCCCUGUUGUCCCCAGAGUCAACGCGAAGACCCCUGUUAUCACAGCGAAAAGCAAGAAUGCCGCCCUGUCAGCCAAAACACAAGGCCUGGACAUGAAGGAGCUGGAGACUAAAAUGGCCAUGAAUUCUCAGGGUUUGUCAGCUCCAUCAAAAGUACCCAUCAGGUAG